AGUAAAAGCAGAAAGCCAAAUAGAAGUCAGGCUGCAGAAGAUCUCAGUUGUUUGUCAAAAUCAAAAGCGGAAAUACGUGACGAUCCUCAGCAGACAUUGGAGAAGUAAAAGAUGAAGCAUCAAAAGUUCUAGAAGAUUCCAAGGCUUCAGAACGUCAAGUUAACUUACCAGAAAUAGAAUCUACUGAUACUCCCUCGAAUGACCAAGAUAGCAUGAAACUAGAAGAAGACGUGUCCUGCAAGACACGAGAAACUAUUGAAGAACAGGGUGCACUCACUUCUCAGUUAGCAGACAGAGAGAUAUUGGAAGAAAAGGAUGACAAACCGAUAUCGGAAUUACAAACUUUUUCAGAAGAUAUUAUCAACGAGGAAGCUAAGCUUACUCAAUUGACAUCAGACACAGAUGUUUUCCAGAUUGAAAGGUCAAGUACUCGGUUGAAGAUACAAAAGAUGCGAAGUUUACAGCUGGGUGUAACGGAUGAAACAAUCACUGAAAUUAAAAAAUCAAAUGAAGAGAGUGAAAUUGUUGCUUCUGAAUUCAAAAAGUUGGAGGAUACGGUGACAGAAACACUAGACGAGCCGCAUACAGAUGACUCAGGAAAAACCACUUAUGAUUCAAUAUUAAGUUCUGAAAUUGUAACUGAAGCGGCUAAAAUAGUUCCAGAAGCUUCCCCCGAGAUGCUACUAGCAAAACCUGAAGAUCCGGAGGUUCUACCAUCAGUAGAGAAAGAUGUCACAGAUGUUCGAAAGCAUGAGAAGGAUCUUGGUCAUGAAACCGAAGUUAAAAUUGCUGAUGUUGUGAGCAAUGUAGAAUGCUCAGAAAUUGAAACACGGCAUUUCGACACAAACCAAGUGAAUUAAAAAGAUCAGAAAAAAGAAGCCGAUGAAAGCAUAUAUAAAGGAUGUGAUUCCAGUUGAAGAUGUAUGCGCUUUUCUUGCACAUUAUGCAUUCAUGCUGCAUGUUCAGUUCCACUUUUUGUUUAGAUUGUUAUGAAAUCAUUCCGUUCUCUUCAAACAGGUGAAAACUUCAACAAGGGAACUUGAAGAAGAUGAAAAAACGGGUUCAUGCUCUGAUGCACCGGUUAUGGUAGAAGCAUGGAAGUCAAGGCUCAUAAGAAAUCUCAUAAUAUAUUAUCAGGUGUUGGUUCAAAGGUUAAACAUUCAAUCGCCAAGGUGAAGAAAGCAAUAACUGGUAAGUCUUCUCCUACAAAAUCAACAUCACCAAAAGCGAAAAAUCAAGUGACCGGUUAGCAAGUUAGAUCAUGGUGCAAGUCUCCCAAGGAAUAAAAAUGGUUCAACAGGAAUCAGAAACUUGAGGAGAAAUGCGAGCAAAAGCUCGAUGAUGCGGUAUUAUUUUGCAUAUAUGCAUUGUGUGCUUGAGUGAAAUGUAAAACAUCUAUUUAUUAUUAUGUUAAACAAGUUUCCUUUAUGAGUUUAUGUAAUGAACCAGUUUGAACAACGAAACCAUCUCAAUAAGAA